UGGCUGGGGCUGGCCGCUGCUGCAGGAGGCGGGGCCCUGGGCCCCUGGGGAGGGGCUGAGGCGGGGCUGGGGGCCCCCAGAUGCUGUCUGGCAGCCGCAGCCACCAGCCUGUCACCCCAGCCCUCAGCAGCAACAGGCACCCCGACUUGUCCUCGCCUACACCCCACUAUUGCCGCAGCCAUGUCCAAUAACAUGGCCAAGAUCGCGGAGGCCCGCAAGACGGUGGAACAGCUGAAGCUGGAGGUGAACAUCGACCGCAUGAAGGUGUCGCAGGCUGCGGGCGAGCUCCUGGCCUUCUGCGAGUCGCACGCCAAGGAUGACCCGCUGGUGACGCCGGUCCCGGCUGCGGAGAACCCUUUCCGUGACAAGCGGCUCUUCUGUGUCCUGCUGUGAGCCCUCCCGGCAGUUUACUCCCGCACCAAGUCCAAGUCCAAUAAACAAGGUCACUGUGGUAGCAGUCUGCUUUGGGGAAAGAGGCAUGCG